AUGGCGUCGGCACCUGCGCACCGGGAAGUGCUCGCACUCUACCGUUCUCUUAUACGGACGGCGCGUGGGUUUACGGACUACAACAUCAGGGAGUACGCCAAGCGCCGCACAAUCGACGCCUUCCGCUCCAACCGCAACCUCUCCGACCCUGCCGAGGCCACCGCCGCCUUUGCGGACGGCCAGGCGCAACUCGCCGUCGCCAAACGCCAAGCUGUCAUCUACUCUCUCUAUUCUCCCUCCAUCAAGAACAUCAUGGAAAUCAAGCAGUCAUGA